AUGUCAAUCACAGCUACAAAGACAAUAUCACCGAAGUCUUCUUCAAACGAGAGAUCAUCUUUGAUUGGUGCCAAUCAUCGUCAUCAUCAUCAUCAUCAUCCUCCGACUAUUUGUAACGCAGAACAUUUCGUAAAUGAACGAUAUCCAAAGACUUGUUUGGAAGAUAUACCUUCUAUUGUACUUGAGUAUCCUCCACCGAAAAUUGGUGUAAAACCAACACGAUCUCAUCAUAGUCUUCGUUUUCGUACUCAGCCGGUGACAUUAACUGAAAUCAAUGAAACAGAAGAAGACAAUAAAACUGAUAAUGAUACUCAGCAAGAAUCUCAAACGUCCGUGCUUGGAGAAUUUCAACGACUUGAACAUUUAGCACUAUGGGAAAAUGUCAGACGAACUGCACGAAAACGAUUACCAUCGAAAAACUAUCUUGAACGACAACGGCUCAGAGCUAUGAGAGAGGAACCGAGUGAAACAGAUGGAAAUCAAUAA